UUAAACAUGCAUUUUAAACAAAUGGCCGAUAUCCAGGUACAUAACAGUAGCGGUAAACCACUGAACUGACUGUCUGGCCCUCAUUUUUUUUAUUCACCUAAAAUUAAAGAGACCUUUCUAUCCUGAAAAAGGUCGACGAGAACAAAUUCUUUCAAAAAAAAAAAAAAAAAAAAUCACACCCCAGUCCACUAGAUGGCGGAAAAGCUCUGUUCUAUUAAUGUUUCAACGCCAAGCCCCAUAAGAAGAAGAUUCCACUGUUUGUUGUCAAAUGACUGUCAAAACUAUUUAAUCCUAAAUCCUUAUUCAUAUAAUGUUCUGACGGUGAUCAGCAUGGCCGAGGAAGAGUUCACAGACAUAAAUGGCAACUCGAUUUCUUUAGACUGCCAAACUCACUCUGCUCUCUGCAGAGAGUUUACGGUCAACUCACCGAAGCUGUCCUUGCGCAAGGUGAUGGUCUACACCUGCUUCGUUUGGUUAUUUGCUUAUGCUGUAUUUUUCUUCACCGAGAACACGACUGUCCUGUCGAGUGCCAUCCUCCUCACUCUGGCUGGGAUGAUGAUUCAGAUUCACUUUGUGAAGGUGGACCAUGAGACCCUUCUCAUAAUCGGUUCCCUCGGUGUCCAGCUGUCUUCAUCUUAUGCAUCUGGACGAGAAAGGACGAUCUUCAUUGAGAUGAGCAAGCUGAAAGACAUUGUGAUCAACGAGGCUGUUUAUAUGCACAGCAUGAUAUACUAUCUGUGCAUUCUGAUAAAGGACCCAGCAGAUCCUGAGACAGUGACCAGUGUUGUCCCUCUUUUUCAGAGUUCAAAGCCUCGGCUGAAUUGUUUGGUUCACGUGUAUAGGAGCUGUCAAGAGGUUCUUGCACACUCCAGAUGACACUAGAUUCUUUCUUUGAAACAGGAUAAAGAUUGGAAGUCCCUAGAAUGAACCAUGACUGUGUUAGACUGCAUGUAGUGGUUUAUUAGAGACAUAUUAGAUUCAACCACAAACUUACUGGGUCCUCUUAACUUUAUAAGAAAAGAUUAUGCUUUUAAUAUUUUUCACAAAUUAGACACUCCUGAUUUAUGAUAUUUACUAUUUGUAGUAUUACAUUAUAUAUAUAUAUAUAAUCACAGUGACUAUAGCUGAUUGUUUUUCCUGAUGAUUCUGACCUUUAUUAGCCACUAGAGGGACUUGUGUGCCAAUUUUUGUUAACCAGAACCUAAUCAGUUUGUUAUAUUAAUGAUAAUGAUUUCCUUUUAUACUCUUUUAAUCAUAGCUAUGACAUUUUAAAUAGGAAAAAUAUAUAUAUAUAUAUUACUUAUACAAUGCUUAUUUAAAACACGAGCAAAACUUUUUAAAUAAAUGCUAUAGUACUUAUUUACUUGAUACAUAGAUUUUGCUUUAAGUGUGGAGAAUCUGUGCAUCAAUCAGCUUUUAAAGCGGGUCUUUCUUGGCCGCCAUUGUUGUGGGUCAUUUGAGGGAUUUUGUUAAUCCAUCUUAUUUACUUUUUGGUGGGUCGGUAUUUAAUUGUGUUCCUGCUUUUAUCCGGAUGUCAAGCAGAACUCACUGUAAGUUUAUCUGAGCUCUUAUUACAGAGUUCACAGCAUCACAAAGCUUCUAAGUUAGCCUAUACUUAAGUGAUGAAUGUUCCUUAAAAAUGAAGUAGUUGAAUUAGUAGUUAUAUUAUUCAUUUUUGAAUUGCAUUUAAAUGUUAUAAAUGGGAAGUGGACAUGUAUACUUUGGUGGUUUGUACCAAGUUUGUGUUUUCUAGAGAUCAGACAACAGAAGGCAAGUGAAGCUUUCUCACAAUAUCAGGUUCACAGUAUUUGUGGUGCACAGCUGUUCUGAACAUCCUUCACACUAUAGCUCUUGCUGUGGUUUUGUGGAACACAAAACUUAUGUUGUUGAUGUGUUUAUCUUUACUCGGGAUUCUGCUAACUUUUACAUAUUCUGAGGAAAUGUUCCAUGCCACCUCCGUAUUAUUGAAAUAUUCUGCAAUUUCCUUGUAGGAGCUCGCUGCCUGCUGCAUAGACAGGUGUGAGAGUUGUCAUUCAUGUUUACCUGUUUGGCAAAAGGAAAGAGAAACCACCCAU